GUUUUAGCAAAGUCUUUCUGGUCUCCGUUUCCUGCUUGUCUUCGACCGCGUUGGCAAUUUGGCAUUCCUGUCACGAUCCGGAGAUGGGAAGUCCCAGUGACCACCAAGUCAUCUCGCAGUUGCAAACAGAGCUGCAGACUGCCUACCUUCAGGAAUUUUACACGACCGUCAGAGACAAGUGUUUUGAGAAGUGCGUGACUAAACCAUCAAGCAGUCUUGGAAGCAGUGAGCAGCAAUGCUUGGCGCGGUGUUGUGAUCGGUAUGCAGAGGCGACGCAGGUUGUAAUGCGGGCUGUCCUGGAGCAGAGCGGCUUAGGAGAUUAGAUGGUGAUUUGCAGCAGAAGGCUGCACUAUAGGAGCAGCUGCUCAUGCCCUUGUGGCAUUCCUGUGCAUCAGGAGCUCAUCUGAGACCUCAGGAUAUUAUGACUUGCCUGUCGUAAUGGGAUAGAUGGACAUGAAUGUUACUUGUGGCUGGGCUUGACACAUGAACGCAUGCGCUACUUGGAAAAGCUCCCAAAAUGUCUGGAAAGGUGCUGGCUCAGUGUUGUCGCUCUGUUUCUUUAUGGCAUCUGACCAUCUGACUUUGUGUCACGUAUGUCAUGCAUCUGGGUGCAAAAAUUGCGCAGAGGGAGUACCGUAUUCAAAAUUUAAAGUUCGAUUCAUCAG